GGGGCUGGUUGAUGGCCUCAGGACUGUCCCAUUGUCUUUCAGAUCUACAGCAGAACUCGUUCAGCUCGUCUGCCAGGCGGAGGUCGCUCAUGGAGUGGGGGGUUUUGGUCGGUUUUGGGCUUUGGGGGGUUUUGGGCUUGUGGUUGGUGACCUGUCCGAGAAUACAGUCGUUUAGUGUCCCUCACCGCCUUGCUCAACCUGUAUUUUGACUGUGUACAAGUCCUUGACCCCACUCCUGAAUGCCUGGUCCUUCUGCAGCCUUACCUUCCUGAGCUCUGCUGUGCACCAGGCCGGUGUUGUAACUCACCCCAUGGUGCUGGUUGGAACACAGCUGUCCUCACAGAGCUGACAUGAAGCACUUUGUGUCGCCUCCUGUUGAAAGGUGCCACACGAAUACACUGUCCUGGUUUAAAAUGUUUAUUAUUCUUUAACUUAUCUACCUCUUUGAGUGUCUUUAUGUUGCAUGUAUGACUUUGAUUAUGUAGCGCUAACAUUCCUAUUGCAUCUUUUUGUCAAAAGUACGUGCAAGUCAGAGAUCAGAUCUGUUUUAUUUGUUAAAAAAAGGAAAAUAUUUCUAAAGAAAUAGAAUGGCAAUAGUUUCUAAUAAAGUGGUGACAAGCAGAUAUCAAACUCGUCCUCUGUAGCAUAAUAAUGUGAAUUAAACUUUUUUUUAAAGCACAGUUCAGCAGUCUAGAAUAUGUAUUGUUUUGUAUGUAUAUUGCUCUGAUUACUGAAUUGUUGUUAUCCUCUAGUUCCUCUAAAAAAUAGAAGAUAGCGAGGACGCGGAGCUCAAAAACACACUCCCCUACCCAGGAGCCAAGCGGGAUUCGCGCAUGCGCAAUCGGACGCAGUUUGUUGUCUUAAUCCAGUUAGCGUGUCUGCUGCUCCGUGUCCGUCAAAACUACCACAGACACGUUGCAGUUAUGUAGCGCGAGGAGGAGGAAGAGGAGGAGGAAGAGGAAGACUUCCCCCCGCGGUGACGAGCCGACGCGAGCUCACGUAACCGCUGCGGUCCGCCUGUGGAGCCACUGCGGCCGCUACCGAGCUAACUAACGGACUAACUUAGCCAACUGGCGGACUAACGGCUAACUUCGCUCACCGGCCCCGGCGCGAGAGCAGAACCCCCGCGCGGCCGCCUGCGCGCGCUGCCGCCCGGCUCACGAUGUGGCAACGCGUCGGGCUCACGCUGCUGGUCAUCGUGGCCGCGCUCGCGUGCGCGCUGCUCUUCAUGCUGUUCGGUUGGUAUGUCGUCUGGCAGCUCUUCCUGUCCAAGUUCAAGUUCCUGCGCGAGCUCGUCGGGGACGGCAGCGCCCCUCAGGCCGAGCCGCAGCCCUCCGCCGCCAAGAGCGAACGCGCGGCGGGCGCCGCGACCCGAAAUCGGCCCAGGACCGCACGCCAAAGAGUCGCCUCUCCGGAGAGCACUUCAUAGAUCGCCGACCACGCGUUU